CAAGGGAAGUUAACAGAGCGGAAGUAGUGAGGUGAAAAUAAACAAGAGGAAAACACAACCCACUAAAAAAAUACGUUUUAUUAAUCAAACUGUUUAUGAUUGAUUUCAACGCGCACAUUAUCAUACAGAAUGAGAUCAUUCUAAUUUAAAAUAAUGAUUUCCAUGAUGGCAUAUGACACAUGUAAUAGGAGGGAUCACAUACUUUAAGGUUCCAGCCAGUCAGUCGUACCUACAGAAGUUUCCUCGCCACCUGAAGGUGUUCUGUUACUGUGGACGUUAUUAAACUUGUAUACAAUGAGCACUGCUAGACGUAACACUGGGCCAAGGUCAGGGCCUGCUGCUGGUGCCAGAAUACAGCAGGCUAAGCUGGUGCUGCUAGGGGACCAGGGUGUCGGCAAGUCCAGUAUUGCCCUUAGGUUUGUCCGCGGGCAGUUCCCGGAACACAGUGAGGCUACAGUUGGAGCUGCGUUUUUAACCCAGACUGUUCAGGCUCAGGGCCAGAAUCUGAAGUUUGACAUCUGGGACACAGCCGGGCAGGAGAGGUACCACACGUUAGCACCCAUGUACUACAGGGGGGCUCAGGCAGCCAUUGUUGUUUAUGAUAUUAAUAAUUUGAACACAUUUAACAAAGCCAUCGCGUGGGUGAGAGAACUGAGACAGCAGGCCACUGGCAACAUUGUGAUUGUGUUGGCAGGCAAUAAAGCAGACCUAGCUGCCGAACAUCGUGCUGUACCUACAGAGGAUGCUAGAGCAUUUGCAGAAGAGAAUGGGUUGAUUUUUGCAGAAGCUUCAGCAAAGACUGGUCUAGCAGUCAAUGAAAUGUUCAUGAUGAUAGCUCACAAAAUGGUUUUAAAAUCUUCUGGAGGACUUGCGCCAAGUCAGGGGGUCAGACUUUCAAAUGAUGAGGAAAACAAAGCUUCAGGCUGCAAGUGUUAAGGAUAGGGAGAGAGAUAGCUAGCUCAUCAUGUUCAUUGUGCUCCUGAUUAGUUCAUUUAGAUGUGAGCUCAUUAUGGUAGGGGAUUAGUUGAUGAUGAGUUUCUUGACAGUGGAAAAGUUAGGGGAGCAGAAAAUUAUGUUUAUGUUGUGGACGAGUUCAUUCACGGAAAGUUGAUCAUGGUUGUGGAGUUGUUUGAAAUUGUGGAUGUUCCUUGAGGUAGUGAAGGCAAUGAAGAUUUUACUCUGGUUCUUUACAUUAAGCUAGAGCUGUUGAAUCCAAAAGUACUUCAUCAGAGCUUAUUGUCUCAUACGGUAACAAAAAUCAACAUCAGUAGCUUUUAACUACAAUCAUUGAAACAUCAUUUUGUACUGGUACUACACAGUGCAAGGAUGAAACACAUCUUGUGAUAAAGGAUGGAUAAACAUUGAUGGUGUGUAGGGGAGAGUUGACAGUAAUCUACAACAAGCACCUGAUCACAUUUUUUCAGGCACCAUCUCUGACUUUUUAAAACCAUUUCUAAAUACAAAAUGCUUUGUGAGAAAACUAUAUUGGUUUUAUGAAAUGUAUACAUGCUUUUUUUUUUUAAAUUUUUUUUUAGUGACAUUUAUAUUUUUUGGUUUUAAAAUGUUGAUGUAUUUUUAUCCACCUGAAAUAAUGCAUAAAAAUUAGAUUCUCUUUCAUCAUCGUGUGUUGAAACAUUGAGGUCCUGAUGUACACAAAUUUACUUUUCAAAAGGAGGUUGAGUUUAUAAAUUAUGCCUUAUUAGGUUUUUACAGUUUUAGCAGUAAAAUAUUUUUAUCCUUUUGACUUCAUGUUCAAUUAACCAUUGUGGAUUGUUGCUUUAUUAAUAGAAGUUGAUUAAUCUGGGAGUUUGAGCUAAACUAAAGUUGUUAUUGAGGCUCAGAGUAUAUUUAAAAUGUUUUUUUUUAAUCCCAGUUGAUGUAUUCACUUUGGUAGGUAGAACUUUUAACACAAGAAAAUAAUUUUAAUUAAAUAUAUUUUAAUAUGCAGUAGCUCACUUUCAAAGUAACAUAACUAUGGUUAGAGCUUAAGAUAAUCAGGUAUAAUGUCAACAAAAGCUGUGUUGUAUCUUUGAUAACUUAGCACUGUAGCUGUUGCACAUAAUAUAUUACCGAAACUAUAUUGUUCAAAUUCAUG